GGAUCCUGGGACUGAGGGGGGCGGGGGCUGCUGAACUGCGCAGGAGUGGGCUGCAGGGGCCUGGCGCUCCCCUCUCACUCGUGCUGCGGUCGCCCAGCGCUCUCUGUCAGGCUCGAAACUGUCCCCGCGACCCAGCUGCCCGCCCGGCCGCCGGCUCCGAUCCGUGGCGCAGAUGGCUGUGCGCAGCGCCAACACCUUGACGCCCUUCUCCAUCCAGGCGAUUCUUAACAAGAAAGAAGAGCGCGGCGGGCUGGCUGCGCCCGAGGGGCGCCCGGCACCCGGGGGCACAGAAGUGGCGGUGGCCGCGGCGCCCGCCGUCUGCUGCUGGCGGCUCUUUGGGGAGACCGACGCGGGUGCACUGGGGGGCGCCGAGGACUCUCGGCUGGCGUCUCCCACCCGAACCAGAACAGCUGUGGGGCAGACCGCGGAAAGCCCGGGAGGUUGGGACUCGGAUUCAGCUCUGAGUGAAGAGAACGAGGGCAGAAGGCGCUGCGCGGACGUCCCGGGAGCCAGCGGAGCGGGUUGCACCAGGGUGACCCUGGGCUUGGACCAGCAGAUCUGCGAGAUGCACGCUGCCAAGGACUUGGAGGAGGAAACCCCGGUCCGCAGCGACAGCGAGAUGUCAGCCAGCGUCUCAGGCGACCACAGCCCAAGAGCUGAGGACGGUGGUGUUAGUCCCGGAGGUGUACGCGUGCCUGGGUUAUGCAGCGCUGCCAGCAGCGGGGCUAGCGGCGGGCAGGCGGGCGGCGUGGAAGAGGAGGAAGAGCCCGCCGCCCCUAAACCUCGAAAGAAGCGCUCUAGGGCAGCCUUCUCGCACGCCCAGGUCUUCGAGUUGGAACGCCGUUUUAACCAUCAGCGCUACCUAUCCGGGCCGGAGCGCGCAGACCUGGCAGCUUCCCUUAAGCUCACUGAGACGCAGGUCAAAAUCUGGUUUCAGAAUCGUCGCUACAAGACCAAACGCAGGCAGAUGGCGGCAGACCUACUCGCCUCGGCGCCCGCCGCCAAGAAAGUGGCGGUAAAGGUUUUAGUGCGUGACGAUCAAAGACAGUAUCUGCCGGGAGAGGUGUUGAGGCCCCCCUCUCUUCUGCCACUGCAGCCAUCCUACUACUACCCUUACUACUGCCUCCCGGGCUGGGCGCUGUCCACAUGCGCGGCCGCGGCUGGUACCCAGUGAACCGCUUGGGGUGAGGCAGCAAAUGAUCCCUGCGCUCCAGUUUGCACCACCGCGGACAGGUGUAGAGACUGGACUCCGUGUUGCAGGAGAGCUCUUCCGGGGAGGUAGGCAGACCUCAGGUGGAGAACGAAAUCCUGCUGGAGCUUCCCUACCCAGGGUGACCUGGCAGUGGAACUGAGGCUGCCCAGAGAGGGGGCUUUAUUCUGAUUUGAACCGAUGCGCCCUAUGACCCCUGGCCCUCUGUACACCUAUCUGCAAGCCUCGGGACGCUAUUUAUUAUCACAGAAACGUUGGAUUUGGAUUGUGUCUGCCUGGGGCUGGUGAGAGCAGCCUGUUUGCCCAGAGCAGAGAGGACUCCUGGAGACCCCAUAGCCUGAAUCCUCAGAAUCCCGGGGGGCCAAGCGCUUUGUGCGCUAGGCCACACUAGUUCAUGGUAUCCAUGCUACCGAUCUGUAUCUACAUAUCUUUAAUUUUUGAAAAUUACAUUUGUGACAAAGAAGUACAAAAUUCUGACAGUUCCAGGCCAGGAGUUGAUCUGAACCUCGAAGGGUUUGAUUUUGGAGACCUCUACUCCACCCCUCGUGGGGCGCCCUCCUGGAUGCCGAAUGUAAGAAAGGGAGUCUUUCAGCGCGGGGGCCAGCCAGGGGAUCCCCUAUACUUUCCCUUGCUAUAAGUUCAGGGCCACACCCAAAGGGAGAGCGCCUGGGACCAUCGUAGAGAGGCCCGUCGCUGGGAAAGUACCCUUUCAGAAGCCUGUCUUUAUUUCUUUCUCUUUUUUCAAAGAAGGUUGAGACUUGUAGCACUUUCCGGUUGUUUGUAUUCAAAUAACGAUUAUUUUUGUAUUCAAUGUGAAUAUCCCUGGCCUGCAUUUCCGCGGCUCUCUCCACCUUCUCCUGUACCUCUGUUUCAACCCCCACACCCUCUGUGCCUUGCUUGUUUCAGAGACUAUCUGUCUCAUCAGCCUCGCAGCUUUUCGCCUCUUUAAGGGCACUGUGCACUCAACUAGAGUUAUCUUUAAAAGAUUUGUGAAUUUUGGAAGCUCUAUUCGCUGUAUUUUUUUCUUUAAUUUAUAAACGUUUA